AUGAUCACUGGUGAGAAGAGCCGUAGGGGGUCCUGGCUAGCUCGCCAACUAAAGAUGGGGAUGUCCUUCUCUCCCUCCUCCUUCCUCUCCCCCUUUUCCUGGUCUUCCUCAGCCUCCCCAUCCUUCCUCUCUCCGUCUACCCCAUCCUUCCUCUCUCCCCAUCCUUCCUCUCUCCCCAUCCUUCCUCUCUCCCCAUCCUUCCUCUCUCCCCAUCCUUCCUCUCUCCCCAUCCUUCCUCUCUCCCCCAUCCGUCCUCUCUCCCCAUCCUUCCUCUCUCCCCCAUCCUUCCUCUCUCCCCCAUCCUUCCUCUCUCCCCAUCCUUCCUCUCUCCCCAUCCUUCCUCUCUCCCCAUCCUUCCUCUCUCCCCCAUCCUUCCUCUCUCCCCAUCCUUCCUCUCUCCCCAUCCUUCCUCUCUCCCCAUCCUUCCUCUCUCCCCAUCCUUCCUCUCUCCCCAUCCUUCCUCUCUCCCCAUCCUUCCUCUCUCCCCCAUCCGUCCUCUCUCCCCAUCCUUCCUCUCUCCCCAUCCUUCCUCUCUCCCCCAUCCUUCCUCUCUCCCCCCCAUCCUUCCUCUCUCCCCAUCCUUCCUCUCUCCCCAUCCUUCCUCUCUCCCCAUCCUUCCUCUCUCCCCAUCCUUCCUCUCUCCCCAUCCUUCCUCUCUCCCCCAUCCGUCCUCUCUCCCCAUCCUUCCUCUCUCCCCCAUCCUUCCUCUCUCCCCAUCCUUCCUCUCUCCCCAUCCUUCCUCUCUCCCCAUCCUUCCUCUCUCCCCAUCCUUCCUCUCUCCCCAUCCUUCCUCUCUCCUCCAUCCUUCCUCUCUCCCCAUCCUUCCUCUCUCCCCAUCCUUCCUCUCUCCCCAUCCUUCCUCUCUCCUCCAUCCUUCCUCUCUCCCCAUCCUUCCUCUCUCCCCAUCCUUCCUCUCUCCCCCAUCCGUCCUCUCUCCCCAUCCUUCCUCUCUCCCCAUCCUUCCUCUCUCCCCCCAUCCUUCCUCUCUCCCCAUCCUUCCUCUCUCCCCAUCCUUCCUCUCUCCCCAUCCUUCCUCUCUCCCCAUCCUUCCUCUCUCCCCCAUCCGUCCUCUCUCCCCAUCCUUCCUCUCUCCCCAUCCGUCCUCUCUCCCCAUCCUUCCUCUCUCCCCCAUCCUUCCUCUCUCCCCAUCCUUCCUCUCUCCCCAUCCUUCCUCUCUCCUCCAUCCUCCCUCUCUCCCCCAUCCUUCUACUCUCCCCCAUCCUUCCUCUCUCCCCCAUCCUCCCUCUCUCCCCCCAUCCUCCCUCUCUCCCCCCCGUCCCCGCUGCCUGCUCCGUACUCUUUGAUAUGAGGCGGUGCCGCGGAGAGGAGCCAGAAUUACACCGGGACAAGUCGGAGAAAAGAGGCUGGCGUCGUCUUUACAAACAGCUGGGCCCCGGCACGUCGGCCGUGAUGCGGCAUUCUAAUCCCCGGUCAGGCCGCAGAGGCGCGCACCAGGACGGAGAAUGUGGUUGUGUGGAUCCAAACAUGCAACCACGUUCCCCUCGGAAGGGUUUGGGAGCGGCUGGCCUCUCCUCAGACCGCUCCCAUUGGCCGCUCCCCACCCACCGGUCACCUCUCUUCCUGCCGUUCGGAGCCCGGGAGUCUGUCCGGGUGCCAGUCCUUGUCCAGCGGUCAGACUGGAGCAUAUGUGGGAUAUGGAAAUGCGGCUGCCGAGGUCACGGGUUCGAGUCCACGGUCAGAAAAGUGUUGAGACCAGCAGAAGUCCGGCAGCACUCCUGA